AUGUAUGGAAAAAAGCAACAGAUUCUUGCACAACUUAAACUUUCUUUGGAACCACCACUUCAAGAUGUUUUUAUCACAUAUAACUUUGAAGCAAAUUACAAUUUACCAUACACCUGGGAUCUGCCUCCAUAUGCACUCGAAGCAGUAAAAGAAAAUUUAUCUGAUGCACGCAGCUUCAAUAAUGAUAAAUGUAUUAAUUGUACCAUAGCAAAAUCGGAAACAGAAGAAGAUCUAGAAGUGCAAACAACAAAAUUAUUAAAUUCUAUAGAAGAGACUACCUUCAAUGAAACUAAACAUGGGGAAUCAAUAAGAAAGAGGAAGUCUCUUAUAACGCGAAUGGAUUUUUAUCAUAUUUUGAAGGAUAAAAUUCAUAGAAGUGGAUAUAAUGGUGAAGCUUGUUUGUUGCGUUUGAUAUGUGAAACAAACUCUUCUCAACUAGGACACAUAAAUGGAGUUUUGGGUAGUGUGAUGCAUAUAAUAUUUACGCCAACAACAUCGAUGAGUGAAAACUUGCCGAAAUCAUAUUAUCAAGCAGAAGUAGAUGGAGUGCAUGAACAAUGUCAAGACUAUGAGAGAAAAUGUAAAGAGAAUUUACUUGAUCUGAUUUCUGAACCCUUACACAGUAUUAUAGAUUCAAUGACAUUCAAUAAAUAA